AUAAAACUUCCUGCAGUUGUCAGGAGAACAUGGGCCAGAGAUAUAGGAAGCAAUCGAGGGCCUUUAUCGUGGAAACACAGGCUCUGGGAGCAGGAUUCCUGGCCAGCCGCGCGCCCAGCCUCGGAGCUGUCAGACGCCACAUGUCAGCAGCAGCAGCCGCUGUGCAGGGGGAGGACUGAGUGUCCCACACCAGGCAGCACAGAAGCAGAGAAACGUGCGUGCGUGUGAACUUCAAACCAGACCCUUUCCUCUGGGUAGGAAUAAGCCCCCUGGAAGGCGAGGAUGGGAGCCAGGGGAGCCCUGCUGUGGUUACUGGGGGCUGCAUGGGCUGCAAUGGCUCCGGGACUUGGUUCCCACCUGAAAGGGAAGGACAGCCUGGACAGACCUCAGCACCAGGUGCAGCAUGGGCCCUGCAGCUACACCUUCCUGCUCCCAGAGCUUGGGGGCUGUUACCCCUCCGCUGCCGAAUACCAGGUCUCGAACUCGCUGCAGAGAGAUGCUCCUUCCGCGCCUGAGCCCAAGUGGCCAGCCAAGCGGCUCCAACAGCUGGAGAACAUCAUGGAAAACAACACACAGUGGCUGCAGAAGCUGGAGAGCUACAUCCAGGAGAAUGUGAAAAUGGAGCUUGCUGAGAUCCAGUUCCACACGGUGCAGAACCACACAGCUGCCAUACUGGAGAUCGGGAGCAGCCUCCUGAGCCAGACGGCUGAGCAGACCCGCAAGCUCACUGACGUGGAGACGCAGGUUCUCAAUCAGACCUCAAGGCUGGAGAUCCAGUUGCUGGAGAACUCUCUGUCCACUAACAAGCUGGAGAAACAGCUGCUGCUGCAGACCCAGGAAAUAAACAAGCUCCAGGAGAAGAACAGCUUUCUGGAGAAGAAAGUCCUGGAUGUGGAAGGCAAACACGAGGAGGAGCUGCAAGGGAUCAAAGCCGAGAAGCUGGAGAUGCAGGGCCUGCUGUCCAGGCAAACCCAGCUCAUCCAGGAACUGGAGCAGCACCUCGCCACAGCCUCAGCCAACAACACGGUGCUGCAGAGACAGCAGGCAUCUCUCAUGGACACAGUGCACCAGCUCCUGAGCCUGGUUUCUCAGUGCAACCAAAUCUCCCCGGCCCCCAAGGCGGAGCAGAAGGUGUUCCGGGACUGCGGGGCCGCGUACAAAUUGGGCCUCACUGCCAGCGGAGUCUACACACUGCACUUCCCCAACGCCACAGCCACCACCAGGGCGUUCUGCGACAUGGAGACCAGCGGGGGAGGCUGGACUGUCAUCCAGCACCGGAAGGACGGCUCCGUGGACUUCCACCGCACCUGGAAGGAAUACAAACACGGCUUUGGGUCCCCAUCUGGAGAAUACUGGCUGGGAAAUGACUUCAUCCACCGGCUCACCGCUCAGGGCUCCUAUUCCCUCCGAAUCCAGCUUCGGGACUGGGACAGCAACGAGGCCUACUCCCUCUACGGGUAUUUCCACCUGGGCAGCGAGGAGCAGCUCUAUCGUGAGCGUCCUGCUGCCUCCAGGGUGGCCUGCACUCUGCAAACGAAAGAGGCUAAGCACAUGCCCUUUGCUAAAACCCAAUGGCACCUCGGCCUCAGAGCUCUGAGAGCUGCUUUAAAUCCAGAAGCCAUGAUUUUCCAGUGGGUUCUGUGCUUGGCAGGCUAACCCUGCUCUCCUGAGUUUCAGGUCUCUAAGACGAAGGGCAGAAAUCUUAGUCUGUGCCAGAUCUACAGCCUGUGGAAAUCAGUGGGAGUCGCUCCAGUGGCCGCACUGGGCUUUGGUUCUAAUUGAUCCCUCCAGUGAACACAAAUCAUGGUUACUGGAAUGGCCACCGCAGCUCCACACCCCGCUAAUGAAUGGGGAUCGGGGUUGCUGGCAGGAGAGCAGGCUCGUUCUCCGUUUGUCUGAUCUAACAGCUUUUCCCCAAGCACUGAGAAUUUGGCUCUGGGAGUCCAAACCUGGUGAGACACACAGACAGCUUUUUCAGGAAUUUUAGAGGCGUUUUUACCCUGGAUGUUGGGGCAGCUUUGGGCUAUGCUGUGAAAUUCCAUCUGCAAACACCUAAGAGUCCUCACUACCCAGUUUGCUUUUCAUCCCCCUGGCAUGGCAGCUUGUGUACAUGGUUUGCCCUGAUGCUGUCUUUGUUUUGUGCCAUGGGAAGCAGGGCUUUUGACGAGUCCUUCUUGGCAAUCGGCCUCAGCAAAACACAAGGUCAUGGGUAACAACCCACAUCCAGCAGCUGCCACAGCUCCAUGGCAGGUCCUUCACUCGACUCCUCGCAUUCCAUCCAGCUCCAGACAGGCUGGCCAAUGACAGCAUCAAAAGCAAGGCCAGCGGGUCCCUUUCCAAGCCCAGCACCCCAGAGUAGCCGUUACCACCCACGCAGCUCGGAUCACUGUGGGUUCUUACGCGGUUAUCCCGUAGCUGGCCCAUGAGCAAGAAGGGGUCAUUGUCCAUCCGAGUGCCCCAUCCGUGGUCUCCAGGGCUAGACACAGCCGCGAGAGCUCCUUGGCUGCAGCAGUUGGAAGUGCAGGGAUGCCGCUUUUGAAAACCCGAAGCCACUGUUGCAUCUUGCUUUUGGAGCCCGGGGUGGCUGGAACUGUGCAGUGGGGGCCCUGGGUUUCUCCCUGACCUGGCCGUUGGUCCAAACACAGUUGCAGCAGCAGGGGGCACUCGGCUUCACAGCUGCGGCAAGUCCCAACUCCUUGAUGCCUGCCGGCAAUAAUAUUUGUGUCCGUGCACGUCCAGGGCGGGAAGCUGGUUCUCUUGCCUAUAAAGCCACCAGCUGCCUCAGCUAGUCAGGACACCAGGAGAACAAUAGACCCUGCGGGCCCGAGUGCCAAGCUAAAUAACCCCUGUCUCAGGCUGCAUG